AUGGUAUCAGUCAAAGCCUGGUUCCUAACAGCGAUCGCUGUUGCAGGUGCCUCUGCACUCAAGGUUCCCCAGAGAUAUGAUGUGCCUGGAACUUAUAUAAUUGAAUUCAAAGAUGAUGUUACAACAACAGCAGAUAGCUUUAUCGCGGAACUCAAGUCCAAAGAAAGAAUUUCGCUAACUCGACGAUAUGAAUAUACAUCGCCGCUUUACAAAGGAUUCUCCUUCAGUUUCGAUGACAAAAGUCGCCUCGACACCGAGCUUCCGAAAAUCGCCUCUAUGCCCCACGUAAAGAAAAUUUCUCCCGUCCGACGGAUUCCUAUGCCCUCGUUCAAGUCACCACCGGCGAAUUUUGCCCACGAUGGAGGUGCUCGUUUAGGUCGUCGCAAUUGGACGGAAGAUGGGGAAGUCUGGCAUAAAAUAACUGGUGUAGACCGUCUCCGCAAUGAAGGCUUUACUGGAAAAGGAAUCAAAGUCGCUGUUGUGGACACCGGCAUUGAUUACAAACAUCCCGCAUUGGGUGGCUGUUUUGGAAAAGGAUGCCUUGUGUCCUUCGGAGCGAACUACAUUGGACCUGGUGAUCCUUACAAUGAUGUUGAUUCUCAUGGUACUCUUGUUUCGGGCAUAAUUGCUGCUCAGAAAAACCCUUUCAAUUUUACUGGGAUAGCUCCCGGUGUAACUCUUGGGCAUUUUCGUGUACAAGGCCUCCCCCGGCCUACAGACUAUCCUGACCUCCCCACGUCGCCUAAUGAAAUAUUGAUAAAGGCAUACUUGGAUGCCUUCCAUGCUGGAUCGCAUAUCAUUACCGGCUCAAUUGGCGGCAUGAAUGGCUGGGAAGAAGAACCCUGGGCCGUUGUCAUAUCAAGGAUAAUGAGCCAUGGCGUUAUAUGUUUACUCGCCGCCGGAAAUCAAGGGAACAAUGGACUUUUCCUUCCUACGUUUGGUUUCGGUGAUCCACGCCUCCUUACUGUUGGCGCUUCGACGAACCAUGAAUACCCUGCUCUCUUGAACGAGGCAGUUUAUACCAGCGCGCAAGGUAAAGGCAACUUUGGCUGGAAACAAUAUUCCGAGUUCAGUAAUGGCACCUAUCCUCUUAUUGCAAUAACUCACAACUCUACUGGAGUGCAAGAUGCCUGCAAACCGCUACCCGCCACAGUCGAUUUUUCGGGGAAAACAGUGUUUCUUUCUUUGAGUACUUGCGAAGCUCAAACCCAAGUAAAAAAUCUUGGUGACCGCAAGGCCGCCAACAUCCUUUUUUAUAAUACCGAAGACAGCGUUUCCCCACCGAAUACAUUUAGACCAGAACCUUCAGGCCCUAUUAAGGGCAUUGGACUCGUUCCAAACAGCUUUGGCCAGAAGAUUCUUAAAGCCCUCGAUACAAAAUCUCCUGUCACCAUUACCAUAACAAAUUCGACUUUUGCAACGAAGAUCUUACACGUCGAUAAAAAUCCACGUUUCGGAGGCACUAUUUCCAUCUGGUCAUCAUGGGGACCCAGUUAUUCACUGCAAGUUUCGCCGACGGUCCUUGCUCCCGGAUAUGAACUUUUGACAACUUCACUUCUGAAUUUAGGGGGAUAUGAGGUAACGGGCGGAACUUCUUUCGCUACUCCAUAUCUCGCUGGUGCUGUUGCCCUUAUUUUGGAGGCUAGGGGGAAGACAUCCCCUGCUGAAAUGGCGGCCAUUCUGAGUAGUACGGCCACUCAGUUACCAUAUUUUGAUGGGUCCAAAAUACACUCUUUUUUGGGCCCGACAAUGAAACAGGGGGCUGGGCUUGUAAAUGUCCAUCGAGCCGCGUACACAACGUCAAUCAUAUCCACCAACGGCAUUAACUUUAAUGAUACAAAAAAUCUACAGAAAUCCAAAUUUUCAAUCUGGAACAAAGGUAGAAAACCAGUAACAUACAAGAUUGGGCAUGUUCCGGUGCCAGCAGUGUAUGCUCUAAACGGUAACUCUUCGAUUCCAGCCCUCCAACGCCAGCUUCAGACAGAUCCAGCUCACGCAACUUUGUCAUUCUCUUCUUCUAGCGUUACGCUCUUGCCAGGGAAAAAAGCAACCGUUGAGGUCUCUGCGACACCACCAAAGGGAUUGAAAGAGUCCAGGAUCCCAGUAUACAAUGGCUUCAUCACAGUCAAUGCUACUGAUGGGUCUUAUGUUCUUCCAUAUUUAGGGGUAGCAGGAUCGAUGCGGGAUGCUAUGGUACUGGACAAAAGUCUACAUGAUGUUAAUAUCCUUAAAAAGAGCCGAGAUGGAGAGGUCGUCAAAGAAGGAGACGAACUCUUGCUCAGACCCCAGAACGUAACUGGGCAAAUCUCAAACGAUGAACCGAGCUUUAAUACACUACUCUCGAUGGGAAGUCGGCGGGUCGAAUAUAACGCUCUCGCUGAGAACGGCACAGAUCUAGGCCAUAUCUACCACGGAGAGCCAAAGACGUCAGCUAGAGACCAGGGUAGGAUGGGCAUCCCAUUCAUUGGCAAACUUGAAAAUGGCAAAUUUUUGCCUGAGGGGAUAUGCCAGCUACGUAUUCGGGCCCUAAGGAUUUUUGGAGAUGAAAAGAAUGAGAAGGAUUGGGACGUGAUCUUCACGCCCAAGUUCAAGAUUCGAUAUCGGUCUGGGGAGACACCGUCUCCGCCAGCCACCAAAGAAAAAUAA